AUGGCGACAAGUCAAUCGAAGAAGAGUAAAACUGAGAACAAUUCUGCUGAAAUCUUGAAAGAGAUGAACAUCGAUGAUGUUCCUGUGGAACUAGCGAUGGAUAUAUUUAUAAGACUGCCUUUGAAAUCCGUAGCUAGGUGUCUCCUACUCUCUAAGUUUUGGACCGGAGUGAUACGGAGUCGAGAUUUCAUCACGUCGUUCCAGGUUAGGUACUCUUCCAUGAUGCAGCCUCGUCUACUGGUCGCGUUUAUUGACUUCGAUAGAAAACGGAACUGCGAAGUUUGGCACUUCUUCUCGCUGUCUACAUCAUCAUCAACGUCUUAUCUAUCACGUGUUACAUGUCCGUUUCCAGAGUCUGCCUACCAUUCUCAUUAUGUCAAUGGUUUGAUAAACCUAGGAUAUGGUCUACAUAAAUGCAUAGUUAACCCUAGCACCGGUACAUCCAUAGCUAUACCUAGAGUCGAAACCAGCAGUACGGUCGCACAUAGUUUUUUCGGGUACGAUCCGGUUAAUGAUGAGUACAAACUAUUGGUGUUGUGCAUGAAGGAAAAAUUGCAACAUCGUCCUGGCCCUCCUGGUGAUCGAACUCGAGUAUUACAACUAUCAUCUGAACAUCAAGUAGUCACAUUGGGAGAUAAAAACAAACCAUGGAGAAUGAUUGAUUAUAGAACUCCUCAUGGUCCUGUGCUUAACAGUGUGUGCAUAGAUGGAGUUCUGUUUUAUCUUGCUUAUACGGGCGAUGAUUUGUUGCAGUUGAGCUUAAUGAGAUUCGAUUUGGGGUCGGAAAAGUUGGAUCUUUUUACUAGUGUAUCCGCGGAUUUUCCAACUGCGUUUCUAUAUCUUUCAACUUUGAUUAGCUACAAGGGGAAAGUAGCUUUAGCCACUACCACAGGGACGGAUUUGAAAGUGUGGGUUUUGGAUCAGCAAGCCGAGAAUCUAGGAUGGUUGAAGGAAAGUUUUAGUAUCAAAAUUCGGAAGAAGUGGAAACAAUAUGAUCUGAGAGUUAUCAGAGGCACAACUCAUAGAGGUGAGUUAAUUUUGGCACCACGGUUCUAUUAUAAUGAGUUUUAUGUUUUCCUUUACAAUCCAGACACGAAUAGUCUUAGAGGAAUCAAGGUUAAAUUACACGGAGACUACAAGUUCAAGCAUCGGGAGACAAAAGCAGUGGUUUUUUCGGAUUAUGUAGAGAGUGUUAGGUUGUUGUAA